GGAGAUUCGUAAUUUCAGUCGUUGGGAUGGCGGGUGAUAAUACUGAAAUAGACUUGUAUGACAAUAUUGAUGAGGACUUCGUGCAGGAAUGUACCGAUCUUACAGAGUUAUAUGACGAUGUUAUCGCACCAAUUAAGUCGGAGAAUUCUGGCGUUCCAUCAAUGGCUACUAAGCACUCAUAUAGCUCUUCAGCUCCUCCAGGGCGCCGUGUAUCAGUCUAUGUCGGUAAUUUGACUUGGUGGACAACAGAUUUAGAUUUGCUAGAAGCAGCAUCAGGUAUCGGUAUUAACGAUGUUAUUGAAAUAAAAUUUCACGAAAACCGACAAAACGGUCAAUCCAAAGGGUUUUGUGUAAUGGUUUUCGGGUCAGAACAGUCCAUGCGUUUGGCUAUGGACAAAUUUCCGAAGAUAGAUCUGCACGGCCAAAAUCCUGUCGUCACAAGCUAUACAAAGCACAAUCUGAGCGUUUUUGAAAAAGCCGCUGGCAGCGACAAUCAGGCUACUGCCCGACCUCGCGCGGAAGAAAUGCAGACAAUGAAGGUGUCUGGAGGCACUACUGGUGUUUUGGGGAACCGCUUACCGCCUCCAUUAAUGGCUACACCUACUAUGCCUGCAUCACUUGGAUUCAGUGUACGCAAUAACAGUCCUUUGAUGGGACAAGUCGUUCCAAACGUUCGAAAUGCAGCAAAUCUGUCAUCUAGUAUCCAACAAGCUCUUGCUAAUCACAAUGCACACUCCGGCUUGGGUGGGAAUUCAAACGUAAAUCAGUUACCCUUAAACUUUCCGGGUUCUACCGGCGUUCUAAUGCCUCCGAGUGGUCUAUCAACAGCAACUUUAGCAGCAAAUGCUACAGGACUAUUACCCUCAAACUUCACUCUUCCUAGCACGAUCGCAACAUCCAUCGCAACAAAUGCUCAUGUGAACCCAAAUUUUUUGACACAACAAGUACCGGGAAAUCCUCCGAUGUUACCAAAUUCUUUGCCACCUGGUGUAAUGCAGUUGCCUACUCAGAACAAUGAUUCCAGUGUAAGGCCACAGUUUGAUCAUUACGGAAGACCGGUUAUUCAUACUUAUACCCCUCCUGUUCCAGGAAAGCUCUCUGAAUCAGAGUUCGAAGAUAUUUUGCAGAGAAACAAGACAGUCUCUUCAAGUGCUAUUAACAGAGCCGUACAGGAUGCUGCUGGUGGUGAUUAUGCAAGUGCUAUUGAAACAUUAGUAACUGCAAUAUCUCUUAUCAAACAGUCAAAAAUAGCUAAUGAUGACCGAUGCCGGAUUCUGAUCAACUCUCUUCAAGACACUUUACAUGGCAUUGAGUCGAAGUCUUAUGGUGCUAAGAGCAGUAGUCGAAGACGUCGUCGUUCGUAUAGCGACAGUGGCAGUGAUGGUGGGGAAGGGAAUUACAAUAGUUCCAUCAGUGGUAGUGGCAACAACAAUUCUCGUCGUCACAGAGACAGAAAUCAUAGGUCUCGAUCUCGUGACCGACACGAUCGGCAUGAGCGUCACGAUCGCCGCAGACAUUCUCGUGAAAGAGGAUCUGGAAGUGGCAACACUUACUAUGGCAUUGGAUCCGGUCUUCCUCUUCCUAGUGGAUCUGGUUUGUCUGGAAUCCAAUCGGUAGAUGGUUCCGGUCAGACUUGUGCUGGAAGUCUUGGGAGCAGUGCAGAUCGGUAUCGAGACAGUCGAUACAGACAUUAAUCCUAGUUACGUACUCCUCUCAAUUGCCAACCUGGUGACCAGUGUAGCAGUACUUUUGUUUUCUAAUUAAUUUUUCAAUUCGUUUGUUCUCCCAAAUCAUCUGGUUGUACAGUUUGGUCAUAUUUCAAUAACCAUUGACUCACUUCAUUGCUGCUAACUUUUAUGUUCACUAUUUUCGUUGUAUUGGUAGAAUUGGAGCUCAGGAGUGUAACAGCUUGUCCACUUACUCAGUGAUCCGGUUACCAUUGGUGCUUAGUUUUGGGUGUAUUUGUAAUUAUCAUUUUGUACAUUGUAAUCUUGUUAUUCCUUUUCGCUGUACUGUUUUGUAUACAUCACUUGUUAUUGAUUAUGUUUUCGUUGCAUGUACUGACAGCUCUUUGAUAUAGAAUGACCAUCAGCUAACUGUUGGAUGAGUGUAUAUCCGAUUUGAUUAAUGUUGCUAACUUCUCCCUUGAUAAUUAUGUAGAUAUUUUCCUAGCCAACUUCAUUCACUGUACAUUUUCAAUCCCUCCUGUUCCUGUAAAGUGUGUAUAGUUUCUGUAUAUUAUUAAGACAAAUAAAAAUUUGUUUAAUGUGGCAUUGUAAAGCUGAAGUGUUCAUAUUUCUGUAUAUAUUAGCUGUUUCAUAUGUUGUAAACAGAUACUGAGAACGGACGUGGAAAGUCUUGAAUGUACUUGUUUGAUUUCACUGUAAAUAGUUUUUAUCUAAAACGUUUCUGGUUCCUCAUCAUACCACUUGUAUAUAAUAGACUGAUUGAUGCCCCCAUAACUUUGUAUACAUAAAUAUCAAUAUCUUAACUGUUACAUUCCAUGUAAAUAAUUUUUUUUUAAAAAAUAAAAUAUAUUACUAGUCUUCUUAAUGAAUAUGCACAACCUAAAUGCGUCAAAAUAUGUCUUUUGUCAUUUCGACCGUCUAACUUUAUUUUUUUCUUCCUUUUCAGGUGUACAGUGGUCGUUUCAAAUCGGAUCUAAAUUAUUGUUUUAAUUUUAAAAAAUAUACUUACUUGUGUCACUUCGUUUUUUCUUAUUUUCUCAACCAUAACUACAUUCACAGGUGUAGUGUUAGCUAUAAGGGUUGUACAUCUAGGUUAAUAAGUUACAUCUAUUUAAGCAAUCCAUUUGUUAAUCAUGCAAAUUUCAAUAAAGACUUAAAACAAUGUAUAUAGUAUAACAGGCAUAGUUUCUGAUAUAUUCAAUGCGGUUAUGAUACGUAUUUUCUUGAUGUGUUCUGACCGCUUGUAAGCAAGUAUUUUACUUAAGCGGUUCACACU